AUGCAAGUUGCAACCAAACGAGCGCUGAAUACGGUGCUACGGAACUCAAGGACUUCAACAAGCUUACUUCGUCGCUCUGCCACUUCUCGAGUACCCAAUAGUUCAGCAUACGUUUGUUAUCGAUGCAGUUAUCUACAUUUAUCUGCUAGGCUGCGGACACAGGUGCCUUCGGCUGGUUCGGAAACCGCUGCGACAGCUGAGUCCAGAACACCUUCGUCAUCAAAGGACGUUGAAGCAGCUUCGCAAGCAGCUUCAUCGCCGUCGCGGGGGAACGAGGAUUCUACGGCUGCAGACGACACAAGAUCCGUAUCCGAUGCAGAAGUUUCAAUCCCUUCUGAGGUCUUAUCAGCUAUACGGCCGACAACUACGGGUGGCGAACCAUCAGACCCUGAACAACCCGAUAAGCGACCUUCGACACGAACGUCAGCCGCGAAGUUAAAGUCCACGAGGAAAUCUACACGCCCGAAGGAGGAACCGUUACCGAAAAUCGACUUGCCGGAAUGGUUCCUGGAACGUGCUGUUUUCCUACCCGAGGAAUUGGCGGCUAGGGAGUCAAGGCUUGAUGUGUCUGAUCGGUAUGGAAGCGAGGUGCCGUUAGACGAAGAAAGGGGUAGUGCUAGUGAAGAUGGAAAGAGUAGUGGGGAUAGCGUAGAGGGAUCCGGUGGUGGACCGAGCAAAGAGACGGAUGUGGAGAUUGAGCUUUUGGAAGCAGGACGAAAAGCUGAAGCAGCUGCAAGUCGUGAAGCUCCCCUACUGACGGAAGAGGGAACCGCAGAGGCCGACAAAAUACUCGACGAUGCAGAUACUAAAGCAGAGUCUCCCGAGAAACCAGAUCCUGAAUCGCCAUCCUCAUCGUCUACCCCGCUAUCCGACCCCGCUUCAGACCCAACAACUACCCCUCCCAACGCUAGUUCCGAUCCUACCAAAUCUGACAUUGCUUUCUUUACACCAUCUCUUAUCCUUGACACGAAAUACGGUCUUUCACCCGCCGUGUGGUCCGAAAUAUGGUCAAUUGCUAAAGCUACACUUACUCUUCCAAAGCCGGCCUUCAACCAAGCAAAAGUUGCUAGAACGGUCGAUUGCAUCUUGUUAUUUCCCCAAACACCUGAGACGAAUGGUACAUACUUUCUGGACGCCGUAUCAGAGGAUUUGGCACAGCAGUUGGGGGCUACAUUGAUACGGAUUGAUGCGGAAGAUGUCGCCGAGAUUGCUGGGGAUUAUGUUGAGACUUCAGCUACUGGGAAAGCUCCUAUCACAGUGCCUACACCCCUACCAUCCGCUGAACUUCGUACGCUUGGUUAUGAUGCUCAGUUCAUUCACCCCAAUAAUCGUCCACGAACCGAAGAAGAGGAGGUGGAGGAGGAGGAGGUUGAGGAAGCAGAAGAAGCCGAAGUAGUCGAAACUGAUGAAAACGCCCCCGCAGACUUUGAGGACUCCCCUCGGCCGUUCAGGGCUGAGGCCCCAAAUUUCAUGGGUAUCCCGAUAUCAUUUAUCCGCAAGUUCACAUUACCCGGUGGAGUUAUUAGCCUUGCCGCUGGUAUUGGUGGUAAGGAACCAGAUGAAGGGUUAUCUGCAUCAUCUUUUGGGUUCCCAAUUGGGUCGCCUCCAGGUGGUGCAGCGGUGGAUGUUCACCCGAGGCUACAGGCAGUAUUGGAGUUAAUGCUCGACUCGGGAAUCAAGAAACGGGAAGUGAUAGAGAAGAUUCCGAAAGGUUCUGCUACAUUGGAUUCAGAGACUCAAACACCGCAGCCAAAUCGGACGAUCGUGCAGGUUAGAGAUUUUAAGGAAUUGCAGUCGGUUCCCGAAGGGAGGACCUUCCUCAACAUCCUACGAAAACUAGUUUAUGAACGACGUCUGGAAGGCCGGGAGAUUAUGAUUUUGGGUAACAGCGCGACUGUCAGCCACGGAUUGGACUUGAACUCUUCGUAUUUGACGGUACUACAGGGUUCUUCGAACGCUGCUGCUUCGAUUGGGAUACUAGAGCGCACAAUCGUGGUUCCUCCGCAACCAUGGGACGCCACACGAGAUAUGUUGGAACGAGAUCGAAAGGCGCGAAUACGUGAGAUUAAUAUGCGACAUCUUAAAGCUAUGAUUACGCGUAGGAGUGGAGACGAUGGACAUGCUGUGACGUUAGAGGUUCCGAAGGAUUGGCAUUUUGAGAAUCUACCUAAGGUGGAAAAUAUCAGCGAUUGGAUAUGGGAUUUGGAUGCCGUACAUCGGUUAACCCUCACGAUUCUGGGGAGCGUGCCGGGGCCUGGGGAGAAGGAGGUUGGGCCGAGGGUUAUUGGACCCGGAGAUGUGGCUAGCGCAAUUCAGACCAUUAAGAGGAGCGAUAAGGCGAAGGUUGCAUGGUCGACUGCUGAGGCAAAGUACGCCGAGGAGAGGGAAGCGGCCGAAGAAGAAGAGCCGUCGCCCGAAGAAGAAAGGGCGGCGAAACUUAGAAAGCUGAAGGGGAAAUGCAACAAGCAUGAGAAGAGGUUAUUGGGUGGUGUAAUUGAUCCAAGUGGUAUUUCGACUGGGUUUGAUCAAGUUCGCGCAGCAGUUGAGACGGUGGAUGCGUUAAAGACGCUGACGAGUUUGAGUCUUCUACGGCCGGAUGCUUUUUCGUAUGGUGUCCUGGCACAGGAUAAGAUUCCAGGUGUGCUUCUGUAUGGCCCACCCGGAACAGGGAAGACGUUGUUGGCAAAAGCAGUAGCAAAGGAGAGCGGGGCGACAGUUUUGGAAGUUAGCGGGAGUGAAGUCUACGACAUGUAUGUUGGUGAAGGCGAGAAGAACGUCAAGGCAAUCUUCAGUUUAGCCAAGAAGUUGAGUCCAUGCGUGGUAUUUAUCGAUGAAGCAGACGCAAUCUUCGGCGCUCGAACGGGGCAUCAUCAGCGGACCUCUCACCGGGAGCUUAUAAAUCAAUUCCUGAAGGAGUGGGAUGGGAUGGCUAAGAUGUCGGCAUUCAUCAUGGUGGCGACAAAUAGGCCAUUCGACCUCGAUGAUGCAGUCUUAAGGCGUCUACCCCGUAGAGUCCUAAUCGACUUGCCAACCGCGGAAGAUCGUCUUGCAAUCUUGAACAUUCACUUGAACGGAGAGACCCUGGAUGCCGACGUCGACUUGAAAUCCAUCUCGUCGGACGAACGGACUAAUCUAUACUCUGGUUCAGACCUGAAAAAUGUCGCUGUGUCUGCCGCCCUUGCAGCAGUUAAAGAAGAAGAUGUCAUAUUCAAAGAAACCGGUGCAUAUCCUGAGAAGCGAACACUCAAAGCUAAGCACUUUGAACAAGCGCUCGGUGAGAUAAGUGCCAGUAUCUCAGAUGAUAUGGGAAGUUUGGGGAUGAUCAGAAAGUUUGAUGAGAAAUACGGAGAUAGGAAGGGCAGGAAGAAGAAGAUUAAUAAAUGGGGUUUUGGAGGAGUUGUUGGGGAGGAAAGUGUGAAGGAGAAGGGAACUGGGAGGGUAAGGAAUUAG